AUGGGCUCAGUACGAUUUGGCAAUAAUCUCGACAACAAAGCUCAUUCGCUGGUGGUUUUACGUUCUUUCACUAACGGCACAAAUCCUUGCUCUAGAAAACGAUAGUGUUAAAGUGAUAGUGAAUAAUUAAGAAGCAAUCAUGCAGAUCUUUGUAAAAACAUUAACGGGUAAAACGAUCACCCUUGAUGUUGUUGCUUCGGAAACGGUUCUGGACAUCAAAAAUAAAAUCUUGGAACGUGAGGGUAUUGCACCGGACCAGCAGCGUAUUAUCUUUGCCGGCAAACAGUUAGACGAGGGUCGAAUUAUAUCUGAUUACAAUAUCCAGCAUGGAUCGACGAUGCAUCUGGUGCUUCGACUUAAGGGUGGCAUGCAGAUCUUUGUACGGAUGCUAACAGGUAAAACCAUUGCCAUUGAUACAGAACCGGAAGCAACGGUCGAGAGUGUUAAGAAACAAAUCGACGAGCGUGAGGAGAUUCCUCCAAAUCAACAGCGAAUGAUUUUUGCUGGCAAACAACUGGAAGACGGUCGUCAGCUACAGGAAUACAGCAUCAUCAAGGGUUCUACUGUUCUUUUUGUCUUUUUAUCCAACAGUAUAAAAAUGCAGAUCUUCGUCAAGACCCUGACUGGAAAGACGAUCACCCUUGAGGUAGAGCCAUCCGAUACCAUCGAGAAUGUUAAGGCCAAGAUUCAGGAUAAGGAGGGAAUCCCACCAGAUCAGCAGCGUCUGAUCUUUGCUGGCAAGCAGUUGGAAGAUGGCCGUACGCUGUCGGACUACAAUAUUCAGAAGGAAUCGACUCUCCAUCUGGUCCUUCGUCUGCGUGGUGGCAUGCAGAUCUUCGUCAAGACUCUGACUGGAAAGACCAUCACCCUGGAGGUUGAGCCAUCCGAUACCAUCGAGAAUGUAAAGGCCAAGAUUCAGGAUAAGGAGGGAAUCCCACCAGAUCAGCAGCGUCUGAUCUUUGCUGGCAAGCAGUUGGAAGAUGGCCGUACGCUGUCGGACUAUAACAUUCAGAAGGAAUCGACUCUCCAUCUGGUCCUUCGUCUGCGUGGUGGCAUGCAGAUCUUCGUCAAGACCCUGACUGGAAAGACGAUCACCCUUGAGGUAGAGCCAUCCGAUACCAUCGAGAAUGUUAAGGCCAAGAUUCAGGAUAAGGAGGGAAUCCCACCAGAUCAGCAGCGUCUGAUCUUUGCUGGCAAGCAGCUGGAAGAUGGCCGUACGCUGUCGGACUACAAUAUUCAGAAGGAAUCGACUCUCCAUCUGGUCCUUCGUCUGCGUGGUGGCAUGCAGAUCUUCGUCAAGACUCUGACUGGAAAGACCAUCACCCUGGAGGUUGAGCCAUCCGAUACCAUCGAGAAUGUAAAGGCCAAGAUUCAGGAUAAGGAGGGAAUCCCACCAGAUCAGCAGCGUCUGAUCUUUGCUGGCAAGCAGUUGGAAGAUGGCCGUACCCUGUCGGACUAUAACAUUCAGAAGGAAUCGACGCUCCACCUGGUCCUUCGUCUGCGUGGUGGCAUGCAGAUUUUCGUCAAGACUCUGACUGGAAAGACGAUCACCCUUGAGGUAGAGCCAUCCGAUACCAUCGAGAAUGUUAAGGCCAAGAUUCAGGAUAAGGAGGGAAUCCCACCAGAUCAGCAGCGUCUGAUCUUUGCUGGCAAGCAGCUGGAAGAUGGCCGUACGCUGUCGGACUAUAACAUUCAGAAGGAAUCGACUCUCCAUCUGGUCCUUCGUCUGCGUGGUGGGAUGCAGAUCUUCGUCAAGACUCUGACUGGAAAGACGAUCACCCUAGAGGUAGAGCCAUCCGAUACCAUCGAGAAUGUUAAGGCCAAGAUUCAGGAUAAGGAGGGAAUCCCACCAGAUCAGCAGCGUCUGAUCUUUGCUGGCAAGCAGUUGGAAGAUGGCCGUACCCUGUCGGACUAUAACAUUCAGAAGGAAUCGACGCUCCACCUGGUCCUUCGUCUGCGUGGUGGCAUGCAGAUUUUCGUCAAGACUCUGACUGGAAAGACGAUCACCCUUGAGGUAGAGCCAUCCGAUACCAUCGAGAAUGUUAAGGCCAAGAUUCAGGAUAAGGAGGGAAUCCCACCAGAUCAGCAGCGUCUGAUCUUUGCUGGCAAGCAGCUGGAAGAUGGCCGUACGCUGUCGGACUAUAACAUUCAGAAGGAAUCGACUCUCCAUCUGGUCCUUCGUCUGCGUGGUGGCAUGCAGAUUUUCGUCAAAACCCUGACUGGAAAGACGAUCACCCUGGAGGUAGAGCCAUCCGAUACCAUCGAGAAUGUUAAGGCCAAGAUUCAGGAUAAGGAGGGAAUCCCACCAGAUCAGCAGCGUCUGAUCUUUGCUGGCAAGCAGCUGGAAGACGGCCGUACGCUGUCGGACUAUAACAUUCAGAAGGAAUCGACUCUCCAUCUGGUCCUUCGUCUGCGUGGUGGCAUGCAGAUUUUCGUCAAGACCCUGACUGGAAAGACGAUCACCCUGGAGGUUGAGCCAUCCGAUACCAUCGAGAAUGUUAAGGCCAAGAUUCAGGAUAAGGAGGGAAUCCCACCAGAUCAGCAGCGUCUGAUCUUUGCUGGCAAGCAGCUGGAAGAUGGCCGUACCCUAUCGGACUAUAACAUUCAAAAGGAAUCGACUCUCCAUCUGGUCCUUCGUCUACGUGGUGGAUUUUAAUUGGUUUAAUAAAGCAUUCUUAAAACUUCUAUUAUCAUCCUACAUAA